CCCGCCGAGCCAGGACCCAGCUUGUUCUCAGGACCCCGAGCAGUAAGUGUGGAGCUGCUCCCUGCUUCCUCCCCAGGAUGUGUGACGACGAGGAGACCACCGCCCUCGUGUGUGACAACGGCUCGGGCUUGGUCAAGGCGGGCUUCGCCGGAGACGAUGCGCCCCGAGCCGUCUUCCCUUCUAUCGUCGGCCGCCCCAGGCACCAGGGUGUUAUGGUUGGAAUGGGCCAGAAAGACUCCUAUGUGGGUGAUGAGGCUCAGAGCAAGAGAGGCAUCCUGACUUUGAAAUAUCCCAUUGAACACGGAAUUAUCACUAACUGGGAUGAUAUGGAAAAGAUCUGGCACCAUACUUUCUAUAAUGAACUGCGUGUUGCCCCUGAAGAACACCCCACUCUGCUCACAGAAGCCCCUCUGAAUCCCAAAGCGAAUCGUGAAAAGAUGACCCAAAUUAUGUUUGAAACCUUCAAUGUGCCAGCCAUGUAUGUGGCCAUCCAAGCUGUUCUGUCCCUUUACGCUUCUGGGCGUACUACAGGUAUUGUCCUUGAUUCAGGGGAUGGUGUGACGCACAAUGUCCCCAUCUAUGAAGGUUAUGCUCUGCCUCAUGCCAUCAUGCGUCUAGAUCUGGCAGGCAGAGAUCUCACUGACUACCUCAUGAAGAUCCUGACUGAACGUGGCUAUUCCUUUGUGACCACUGCUGAACGUGAAAUUGUCCGUGAUAUUAAAGAGAAGUUGUGCUACGUUGCUCUGGAUUUUGAGAAUGAAAUGGCUACUGCAGCCUCUUCCUCUUCUCUGGAAAAGAGCUAUGAACUUCCUGAUGGCCAGGUCAUCACAAUUGGGAAUGAACGUUUCCGCUGCCCAGAAACUCUCUUCCAGCCAUCUUUCAUUGGAAUGGAAUCUGCUGGCAUUCAUGAAACUACCUAUAACAGUAUCAUGAAAUGUGACAUUGACAUCCGCAAAGAUCUGUACGCCAACAAUGUACUGUCAGGCGGUACUACCAUGUACCCUGGAAUCGCUGAUCGUAUGCAGAAAGAAAUCACUGCUUUGGCUCCCAGCACCAUGAAAAUCAAGAUCAUUGCCCCUCCUGAGCGGAAAUAUUCUGUCUGGAUUGGUGGUUCUAUCUUAGCAUCUCUCUCAACCUUCCAGCAGAUGUGGAUCAGUAAACAGGAGUAUGAUGAGGCUGGCCCAUCAAUUGUUCACCGCAAGUGCUUCUAAGCACCUUCCCCUUCCAUCAUUUAUUUCCCACUCAGGAUGACAGCAUUGUGCUUCUUGAAGUCUUUUCCAGCAAUCCUUCUGGAACUUGGUUCAGUUAUUUGUACAGUUUGUUUACACACACCCCGUGCAAUUUAUUUGUGCUUCUUUGAAUAUUUAUUGCUUUAUAAAUAAACAAGAUCUGGGACUUGCA